AUGUCGCCUAACUGUGUGUGUGGCGUCGCACUGGAAAUCGCCCAGUAUAAGGAUUUAAUGCGGAAGGUAGAUUCAGCACAAUUGGAUGCGUUGCUUUCCCGUUUGGAUACGUUUUGCAAGAUUGAUUCAAUUAUUGAAAGGGUAGCAGACUGUUCGUUUUUGCUUUUCCAUCGAGAUCUGAUUGGAAUUUACUGGGACACUACUCUGGAUCGCACACCAACUAGGCAAAGCAUUACGUAUUUUGCAAUGGCAGUUUCGGAUUGUAUACGAUACGUGAAAAAGUCCAUGAUCAAUAUUCAUGUCGAACGUUUUCGUGCAGAAAUGUUUGAAUUGAUCAAAAAGGUACUCAGUAUCGAUUUGUACAUGUAA